CGAGUAAACAGGAUAUAGUGUCUCAGCCGGGCGAUUACUAUGUAUAUCAAAAUCGCCUUCUUCAAGUCUUGCAUACUACACGUACCAUGGAAUCAUUUGCCUUCCAGUCAUCAUGGACUCGCCUCUCUGAUUACUCUUUCACACUAUCUUAAUUCCGUACACGACUAGGCAAUUUUCAGCAGAUAAUAAAAUGGCAUUGUCUCUCUUCCUUUCCCUGACUGGACAUUGCAUCUGGGGAAUGGUCUCGACUUCGUAUUACGCCCAGCCUAUCGCACAACGCUUCUUCUCCCCACCCAAGCUUCAAAUGAUCCAUAAUAAUCGUUUAGCGGCCGUGGGCUGCACGAGCGACAAAGCGGCUUGCUUACACGGGGUUGGACGAUCGCCGCUAGGAUCACCGUUGUCUUGAACUUUUUCGGCUGGAGGCCUUAGUUACCUAAUGCCGGUAGAUACAAAAGCAUUUUUGCACAGAG